UGGGAGUGGCUAGUGAAGGAAUAAGGCAGACAGGGGCAACACCCCCACCCCAGGACUAUACAUAGCCUCUGGCGCGUAUUCAUUUCCCCAGAGGCCUUCCUCUAUUCAAAAAAUCCGAGACUUCUGUGCUCUGGGACUCUUUCCUCAUCCACUCACUUCUUGUGAUCCUCAGAAUGAGCUGGAGGCCCGCUAACCCUUCCCCUCUCAGGGCGGUGGUCACCAGUUUCCUCUGGCCCGUCGCCCAUCCCAGAUAGCCUUGUUUAUGAAGGACUUACUCUCAGGGAGAGGCCUGUGUACAGAUAAUUUUCUAUCUUCUCUACCCGCAAGGUGGACUUGCUACCUCCUGGGGCUGUUUACCAGUUCUGUAACUAGGACUCCACAGGUAGAAGCCAUGUCUAUUUGGGGGUUUGCCUCCCCGACUCCCGACCGCUUUGCGGUGUCUGCGGAGGCCGAGGACAAGGUUCGGGAACAGCAGGCUCGCUUGGAGCGUAUCUUCAGCGUAGGAAUGAGCGUCCUCUCCAAAGACUGCCCAGAGAACCCUCACAUCUGGUUACAGCUUGAGGGCCCCAAGGAGAACAUCUGCAGAGCCAAGGAAUACCUGAAGGGGCUCUGCAGCCCAGAACUGCAGAGUGAAAUCCGCUACCCACCCAGACUGCACUGCAUCUUUGUGGGGGCCCAAGGCUUCUUCCUUGACUGCCUGGCCUGGAGCACUUCUGCCCACCUGGUGCCUCUGGUUCCUGGCUCUCUGAUGAUCAGUGGCCUAACUGAGGCGUUUGUGAUGGCCCAAAGCCGGGUGGAGGAGUUAGCACAACGACUGAGCUGGGGCCUUCUGCCACUGUCUUGUCCCGGAGCCCCUGACAAUGGCAGAGUGCUGAGAGACUUCUCUGCCCUGCUACAGACUAGGGAGGAUGCCUACACAGAGGCCCUGCUGCAGCUGCCCCUGGCCGUGCAGGAGGAGCUCCUGAGCCUGGUGCAGGAGGCAUCUAGAGGGCAGGGUCCACAAACACUGCCCUCUCGUGAGGUGGGGAGCCCAGGCAUGUUGAGUUCUCAGUAUCAGGGAGUCAGGGCUCCCUUGAGUGAAGAUAGGGAAUCCCUGGCCACUGGAGUGGCAGGGUCGGGAAAGUCUCAGGCAGUGAGAGGACCCAGUCAUGCUGUGGAGAAAGAGGGAAGGAAACAGGAUGCUGUCAGGGACAUGGGUUCAGGGUGGAAGGAGCCGUCUGGGGAAGAGGUCUGUGAGACAGGAGUGGCUUUUAGGUCACAGCUAGCAGGUGGAGGAGCAGAGGAAGUAGCGCCCUUAAAAGGAAGGGUCUUCGGGAAACAGGAGGUUCCUCAACAAAGAGGAGGGUUUGGUGUUCAGGGUGAACCUUCUGGUGCCCAUGUGCCUUGUCAGAGGGCAGCUCCAACCCGGGGAGCCUCUCUCCUCCAGCGGCUCCAUAAUGGGAACACCUCGCCUCUGAGAGUACCUAGCCCUCCGCCGGCGCCGGAACCCCCUUGGCCCUGUGGAGACCGAGACCGAGACCGAGAUCGAGAUCGAGAUCGAGGAGACAGGGGAGACAAGCAGCAGGCUGGGGCUCGAGGUCGAGGGUCUCCAUGGAAACGAGGCACUCGUGGGGGCAACUUGGUGACUGGCACACAGCGUUUCCAGGAAGCCUUGCAGGAUCCUUUCACCCUGUGCCUUGCCAAUGUGCCUGGCCAGCCAGAUCUCCGCCAUGUUGUCAUUGAUGGCAGCAACGUGGCCAUGGUGCACGGCCUCCAGCACUACUUCUCAAGUCGGGGCAUUGCUCUUGCUGUGCAGUACUUCUGGGACCGUGGCCACCGUGACAUAACCGUCUUUGUGCCUCAGUGGCGCUUCAGUAAGGAUUCCAAGGUCAGAGAGAGUCACUUCCUGCAGAAGCUGUACUCCCUGAGUCUGCUGUCCCUGACACCCUCCCGAGUGAUGGAUGGCAAGAGGAUUUCUUCUUACGAUGACAGGUUCAUGGUGAAGCUGGCUGAAGAGACUGAUGGGAUCAUUGUCUCCAAUGACCAGUUCCGGGAUCUGGCUGAGGAGUCUGACAAGUGGAUGGCGAUCAUCAGAGAGCGCCUUCUGCCCUUCACCUUUGUGGGGAACCUCUUCAUGGUCCCAGAUGAUCCACUGGGGCGAAAUGGCCCUACCCUGGAUGAGUUCCUGAAGAAGCCAGUCAGGAAGCAGGGCUCCUCUAAGUCUCAGCAGCCCUCCAAAGGUCCCACAGAACAUGGUCAUCAGCAGCAGGGGAAGGAAGUGGAGAAGGGCAGUGGUGGCAUUCGGAAGACCCGGGAGACAGAGCGGCUCCGGCGCCAGCUGCUCGAAGUGUUUUGGGGUCAGGACCACAAGGUGGACUUCAUCCUGCAGCGGGAACCGUACUGCCGGGAUAUUAACCAACUUUCUGAGGCCCUGCUGAGUCUCAACUUCUGAGCCUUUCUGCCCUGCAUAGCUGCUACCCUACUAGAGUCAGCCUCCCCCAGCCCAGCCUCCUCACUUAUGGUCCCUCUGCUGUUCAGACUAUGACCUAGACUCAUUCUAAAAUGGCGUUUCAGCCAGAGAAAGUA